AUGGUGAACGCUCGAGAAGGGAACCCACCCCCGUGUGAAGAGCCCAACCUAGUGGUCCUUAGUGGUGAUCAGGAGAAAGGCUGUAUUGUGGAAUGGACUGGCCAGGAUGAUCCCCAACAUCCCCAAAAUCUCAGUCCCACGCAUAAGUGGUUCAUCACUGCAAUAUACGGAUUAAUGGCGAUGGUUGUCACAUUUGCUAGCUCUGUCUUCAGUACCGCGAAUGGAGUUACCGCAAAGGAGUUCAAAGUACCCACUCACGUUAUGUCACUGGCAACAGCGCUCACUGUCUUGGGACUUGCUAUGGGACCUUUAGUCUUUGGCCCUAUGUCCGAGUUAUUCGGUCGCAAGAUCCCCCUCUUGGCAGGAUUUAUCAUAUUUGCACUGUUCAAUAUUCCUGUCGCGCUCGCCAAUAACUUGCAGACCAUCAUGAUCUGUCGGUUCCUCGUUGGGAUUGGAGGCUCGAGCGGCCUAGCCAUUGUGGGUGGUGCUCUGACCGACAUAUUUCCUCUCAUCGAUCGUGGCGUAGGGGUUUCAGUCUUUGCUGCUGCCACUUUUAUCGGUUCUUUUGCAGGGCCCAUUGUGGGCGGCUUUGUAGUUGACUCGAUCGGCUGGCGUUGGACGUCCUGGCUGACCCUCAUUCCAGCUCUCGUGCUGUGGUUGAUAUAUCUCCUAUUUGUCCCAGAGUCGUAUGGACCCGUCAUCCUUGAGCGCCGAGCAAAGUUGUUACGGUGUCAGACAUGCAAUUGGGCCCUUCAUGCCAAGUCUGAAGAAGCCCUCGUUGACUUCAAAGUGAUUUGUCGAACUUACCUCAUCCGGCCUCUUGUCAUGCUGGUGGUGGAGCCCAUUCUCCUUUUGGUCACUGUCUACAUGUCCAUCAUCUAUGGAAUUUUGUAUCUUUUCCUAGAAGCCUACCCGAUCUCAUUUCGAGACGAGCGGAAUUGGAACUUGGGCAUCGCCGGCCUGCCGUUCACCAGCCUGUUAAUUGGUGUCGUGCUGAGCACCGUGAUCAUUAUUGUCUAUCUCAAAACACGGUACUCUAGAUUACUGGCUCAGGGCGGGUCUGUGGCGCCCGAGGAAGCAUUGAUUCUUAUGUUUCUGGGCGCUGUCCUGCUACCGGUUGGCCUCUUUUGGUUUGCCUGGACGAGCAAUCCCGAGAUAUCCUGGGUCCCGCAGGUUGUUUCUGGUGUGCUUAUUGGGAUGGGACUGUUCUUAAUCUUCCUACAAGGGCUGAACUAUAUUAUCGACGUCUAUACAACGAACGCUAACAGUGCAGUUGCGGCCAAUGUAUUUCUUCGAUCAUGGGUUGGCGCCGGCUUUACAAUGUUUGCUGCCGGAAUGUAUUCCAAACUUGGUGUUCCCUGGGCUACCUCUCUGCUGGGAUUUCUGUGUGUGGCACUCGUGCCCGUCCCAAUCGUUUUUUAUUGUUUCGGAGCCUCAAUCAGACGACGGAGCAAAUUCUCGAAGUGA